AAAUAUUCAGUGCUCAAGGGAAGAACCCUGGAGCAAAAUGGAAGAUUUUUGGCAACCCAUCAGCUAUAUCAAAAGAAUAUGACAAAGAACUAAAAGGCUUUGUUUUUGUACUUGAAGGAAACAGUCUGAUCAACAAAAUGAAGCUACCAAGGGAAACCAAACAAACUUUGGGACUGGUGCAGCAAUUUCUGACACUUCAGAUUUUUGUGCCAUUGGGAAAAGACUUCUCCACGGAGUUACUGAUAACUGAUUUUGAGAAUAUUAAAAGAAGAUUGUAUUUGUCAACAGUCCACAAGGAGUUGUCUGUAACCCCUCUGCAUGCAAAAAUUCCUCUGUUUAUGAUCAAGCGCAAAAUAUGGUGCAAUAUGUGUAUUGACUUGGUAACGUUUACUUAUGAAAUAUUCAGAGGAGCUUUCUUCCGGUCUUUGGAUGGAAUUAUUAUUUCAGCUAACUGUAAGCUAAGAAAGAUCUUCACUUUAAAAUUCAAGCCGCAAGAUACAGCUGAGGAGGAUGGUAUGUGCUUUGUUACACCUGGGCCAUAUGAGGCCUCAGAUGAUAUUCCUCCAACCUGCCAGAUCAAUUCUGAUGUCCCACAAGUUACACAAGUGCUGAAUCUAAAUGAAAUUCACAAGCCAAAAAUAAAAUGUAGGGAAAAUGCAGUGCAAGAAACAGGUGUCUUGGGUAAUAGAGGCCAAGGCAACAUAUGCAAUGGUAAAACUCAGGAUGUUUCACAUAUUGCAUUUGGGUCAAAGAUCUUUGGGCCACCUCCAUCUUCAAAUAGAAGAACCAAUGCAAAGGUACCUGGAAAGGUAACAAAGAUCUUGGGUAACAAAACAUCAUGCCAACUUCAAAAUCCAGGAAUGCCAACUGAAUCCAUACCAGAAACUGAGAGAUUGGAACUAUCAGUCUGUCCAUGCAAUGAUACUUUGAAUCAAGGAGGCAAAGCAAAUGCUCUCCAGACAAAUGAAUAUCAAAAUGACCCUGAAAUUCAGACUCAGAAAACAUCUGUGAGUGGAGGAGCAGAUUUUCAGCUCACCUCACCACAAGUACCAUCAUCAGACAAGAACAGUCCUAGAAGAUUAUCUCUAAAAAAUGCAGCCAAACCCGCAUGGGAGAUAACCAGUGAUGAAUGGGUGCUUCCAGAGAGGUUCACUGAGAAUAUUCAGUUGGAUAGGAAGGAGCACUCUGGAGCUACUGGAAGUUCAGCCUGCUGUAAUUUACCCUCAACCCAGAAUGCCUCUGUUGAACAUCACAGCCAGGAAACAGCUGAUGAUCACAGGAAUAAGAAAGAGGUUUUCACAUUUUCAUCAAAACCUCGAUCAGCUCCUUAUGGAAAGUCUCCAAAUCUAUCACCAGAAAGUUGUGUUUUCCCAUUGGAAUUGGAGCUAGACAGUAACGGAGAACAUGAGAAAACCACAACUGAAGAUAGCUUUGAAGGAACUGAAAGCAGUGAGGAGGAUGACAACAGUGAAUUCAGCCAGAGUAUUGAGAACAUUGAGAACAGCCACAGUAGACAAGGAACAUCUGAUUCAGCAGUUUUUAAAGAGAUCCCAUUAAAUAGGAUGUCACAGAGAAAUGAAUACUGGAAGAAUAAGGAACACAGCAAAUAUAACUUCGAAGAGGCCAUCUUAUCAACACCGCAGAGUUCCACCAUGAGAAAAACAGAAUCUAUUAGCUUUCAGAGAAGUUUAAAGCCUAUCCUUUCUCUUUCUCCAAUUCAAAGUAAAUCCAAAUCCUUUAGAGUAAUUAGAAAUGUAUAUGAAGAAACUGAAAGAUAUGAAGGAGUUUCAGAUCAAUUAGAAAGAUCUGUCAGUAAAACAUCUCUCAAGAAAGUCUCAAAAGGAAGUUCAUGUCUGACAGCACAGACUUGUGAGUAUGACAGGAAAAAGUACCAGUCAAAUAGACUGAGUUCAUCUGAUCUACAGAUGCUGGCCAGCAUGAAGAGACAACAAAAUAAAGAAUUAAGGGAUGCUGGGAUCUCCCAUGGGCUGAGCACCUCACAGAUCAGUUGCUACAAUGUCAGCCUAAGUAUAAGCAGUGAUGAUGAUACAGCAACCUCGAACUCUUGCUUCCCACCACCCGUCAGUCAGGAGCAUCACUAUGAGAAAGAAAUGAGCCCACUUUCUCAUUCCAACCCACGGGACUGGUUAAAUAUGUUCAGUCCCCCGAUCAUUCCUGGAAACAAACAACUAGAAGAGAAUGCUAAAUCUUCAACAGGGAACUCCAGAUACUCCAAAAACCCUGCUGUAAUGAAGUGAUCAUUUCUCCAAGAAGUAAGAGAGAACGACAAAGGCAUUCCAUGACCUUCCCUCUCCAAACAGGACAGUUUGGAUUUUUUCUCAACUACUGGACUCCUCUCUCUAUGAAAGUAGCCGAGAGGCUGUAGUGCUGUGUGAUAAAGGCCUGUCAGAUGAGAUCAUCCCCAUCAAACAUUAGAAUCUGGGUAUUUUCCUAGAAACCUUGGUCUAAAAAAAAUCCUGAUGGACCACGGUAACUUGAUGGUUUAAGUAUCGUUUUUGAAAGAGAUGCUAAAUAAAUUGUGUCCUGUGAUAGAUCUCGAGGACUUUGGUAAAAACUUUUUUUCCUUGUUCAGUUCACUCAAGGUCAGUUAUUUUUGUGGCAAAAGAGCUGGCUCAUUACUGACAGUUAUAUACCAGAUCUGAACAACAAACUGAAUGCUGAAAUCCAUUCCAGAAAAUUCUGCUGUCCUGCUUAGCCUCACCUUUGAUUUUUUUAAUAUCACAUUAGAAAAUUACUUAAUUCUUAUGUUGAGAAGUGUCCCAAGAUUAUUUUCUCUGUCUGCAGUUUUCCAGUGUUCCAAGUAUC